GCACUGAUUGAACCACGGACGUCACCAUGGAUACAAGGUGACCCAAUGGGAAGCUCGCGCUCGUCCGUGGCUGAAUGAAAUAAACAGAGGCCAUUUUGCACACGGAAGCCAGCCACGGCAUCAUUCACUUAACAGACACAAACGGAAACGGAAGAUUUCCGACCAUUUCUGGCCUCAGACGGUGUGAGAGGGCUGAAGACUCGACGAGACGGAGAGCGCGAGGCGGCUGGCGCGUCGCGUGAACCAGCAGCACGCGCUAUAAUAACAUUAUCAGCUCCGCCUCCUCCGGUCCUCCCCCUUCUUCUUCUUGGAGGUUCGUUUUGUGAUGGGGGGAGGUUUAUUAGGACAGCUUUUACCGCCUUGCUAUCGAGGACCAGUGUCCCUGCUGAGAAAUAAAGGAGAACUACUUUUUUUUUUUUUUUUUUUUUUUAGUUCGCUGAGCGACGCCGCGCUGCAUCACAGGGAGAAACAGGUGUAAGGUUUCAUCACUCGGAAGCUCCACUUCCAGGCCACGGAAAGAAAGUCCCUGUGUUGCCUCUCCGGCUGUCCAAGUGACAACUUUAGUCAUUUCACAUGGAGGAAACAAUGCAUUUGGAGUGAGGCAGCAGUUUUAGGGCAUUAAACGAGGCAGGAUCCAGGAGUAAAGGAGGAGACCAGGAGGAGAAACUGAGCCAGAGUUGAGGAAAGAAAAAUAAGGGGGGGAAAAACAACAGAAAGAAGUAGCAAAACCCAAAGGAAUUGGAACUCACAAGUCAUCCUUAUUUGACCCUUCAUAGCAAGUUUGUGGUCGUUUGGUUUUAUGACGGAAAGUGUGUCCUCCUUCAGUAGAUCAGUAACAAGUGCUCUUCACUAUGAAUACAGAUAGCGGAGGAUGUGCUCGCAAAAGUGUGGCCUUGUCACUCACACUCUCUCCCAUGAAGAGGGUCCAGAGCUCACCAAAUCUAGCCACAGGGACAGAAUUACACUCUUCAGAACAUGAUUCCUGGCGAUCUCACAGUGUAACCGAUGGUCUUAAAAAUGGAGAUGCUAACAGCUCGUCUCUUGCCGCUAAAGGUUUCCGAAGCGUCAGACCCAACCUGCAGGACAAAAAGUCACCCACACAGGUUGUCAGUCCCUUACCUCUGCCACCCCCCAGGAGAGAGAGUUUUCACUUUUUGCCCACUGGCACCGAACCGCCAGACUACAGCUCUAUCAUUAAUCUGGUUAAUGACCUGAGUCCCGGAAAAUUAACGCUCACURAGAACGACGAAGCAGUUUUGAAAAGGUCCUACACAGUUAGCAGCAUGUCUUCUUACUCCUACUCAAAAACGAGUGCAAACUCAGUCCAACCGGUUCAUCAGCCCACCGUUCCCAACGAUGUGAGCAACUUCAGUGCAUCUGCCACUGCUAAUAACCGGGAACGUAAAGUUUCUUCCCUUAAACUAACCCCUGUCACUAUUCCCGACCCCCCUGCUCAUCUUAACUUUGAAGCCAAAGAUCAGUCUAAGACCCAAACCAYAUUCUCCCCUCCCCAAACGUCCCCACCUCCACCAAACUGUCCAAUCCCUCUUCAAUCCCCAUCACAGACCGCUUCACUUUCUGCACACUUCGUCAAAGAGUAUCUUGAAAAGCCAGCAUCGUUGACGUCAAAUCCAAGCGUGGAAGCCAAGAUCUCAGAUCAGAYCCAAACUUCAGCUUCGUCCCAGGUGGAGAUGCCAAGACCUCCUCCUGCAGUUCCACCAAGACCUCCGCCUGCAGAACUCCUGGGCCAGUUUCUCUCUCAUGCUAUGAAUGGAGGUACUAGCCAUCUACCGAGGCCCAUGUCCCCCCCAUCGUAUCCGUCGCCCCCUGCCUCRCUCCACACUGGCCUACAGAGACAGAGCAGGAGCUCAGAGGGUAGUGAGUCAUUCACCAGGGAGUCAGUGGUUUCAGGCCUCACCAGCGUCAGGAGCUCUGUGCCCAUUGCUCGAUUCUCAGAGGAAGAAAAAAAAGUGUCCGUCAUCAAAGCCCCGCAUUAUGAAGGCAUCGGCCCCGUGGAUGAAUCAGGCAUUCCUAUUGCCAUUCGCACGACAGUGGACAGACCCAAAGAUUGGUACAAAACGAUGUUCAAACAGAUUCACAAAGUCCACAAAGCAGAUGAUGACUAUUCUGACACAUACAGUGCAACUUAUGCUUUCAUAAACAGCGAUGACCACAGCCUGUCGUCCAGCGUCACCAUGGCCCACCCACCUCCUCGGACACACACGUACAGGCCUCUGUCCAAAAGCCCCUCAGACAACGGAGGCCAGAUGGGAACUCGGGAGCUUUUGCCAUCUCCUGUGCCCCCACCACCUCCACCCAUGCCAUCCCUCCUUCAGCUCCGAGCCAGAGACGGCGACCGUGAGAAAGAUUCACCAGACAUGAACGAAUGGGGUCCUCCAGACAGGAAAGUGGAUACACGAAAAUAUCGCGCAGAGCCCAAGAGUAUUUUUGAAUAUGAGCCUGGCAAGUCCUCUAUUUUGGAGCAUGAAAGACCAACCUAUGAUGACAUAGAUUUAGAGAACGAGCCUUGGUAUAAGUUCUUUUCCGAGCUGGAGUUUGGGCGCCCGCCUCCUAAAAAACGCCUGGAUUAUAAUCCAGACAUCUCCACUCGCCAGCGUAUUGAGACAUCCCUCCACAUCGCUCCCGCUGACAAGACUUUGGAGAGACCUGCAAGUGCUGCCAGUGACUACAGAAAAAGAAGGAAGUCUGAGCCUUCGAGUUCCCAAGUCAAUGCUCAGUCUCAGAGCAGAGCUGCAACUUCUCCUAAACCAGUGGAUGCCUACAGAUCCAGCAGCAGCCUAAAGAAACCUGUCAUACGUUCCUCACCAUCCUCACCCUCCAGAGCCAAAGGUGGGGACGCAUGCAACAUUUUUUCAAACAAUAUGUCCGCCCUAGUUCCUUACGAGAGUACUUCACUUCCUCCCAUCCCGUCUGGCUUUGAUCGUGUUCAUGAAGAUGCCAAUGAGGAAGGCAGCUCUUCCUCAAAGCAGUCUGUCUGUUGUACAAACAGUUGGCAGACAAAAAGCCAGGAUGCUGAGACGUGGAGCAGUGCGGAGGAGGCCCAACCCUCCUCUGAGAAGCUCAGAUCACGUAGUUGUGACGACUUGCUCAAUGAUGGGAAUUCUGGCUCGGGUGGUCAACAUGCCACUCGUUCAGAAAGUGCUGGGUCGCUGUUGUGCGACGGGAAUCCCGCGACAGUUUCGACCUCCACCCAGUCGUUGCCUCGUGUUCAUCGUCGACGUGCGCACGAUUCCCCAGGCUUUCUCCAGCUUUAUCGGAAGAUGCACCAAAUUGAUCGAGCUCAUCUCAUCUCAUCUGAAGUCAUCCGUUCUGUCCGCGCUCGUAUCCUGGAGCUAGAGCGUCAGCCUCAUCUCCAUCGCCAUCGCCUCUCUCCGUGGACACCCUCUUGGGGUGUGGAAGUGCCAAGGGAUAUGGUGCCAAAUCGUAUUUCUGAAUAUGAGCGUCUCAUUCAGAAGUCCAAAUCCAUGCCUAACUUGGGUGAUGGCGAGGCGCCUUCAGGCACCACUACGCCGGGAGGCUCGUCAUCUCGUGCUAGCAGUGGUGGUGGAGGGACGCCCAGUUUUUCGAAACGCCGUUUUUCUGUAGAAUCGUUGUUGGAGGAAGACAACAACGGAAACAGUAGGACUGUAACUCAAAGCAUGGAUCACAUACUUCGUAGCCCACCUGAGGGCCAGCCUCGUGUUGGGCCAGAGCCGGGCAAGGCAUUUCCCACUCCUCCAGUUCCUCAAGGUCCACAAGCCAAUCCAGACUUUUCUGACAGUGAGCAGGAUGCUAUUGCAUCUGACCUCAGUGAUUUCAUCCAGGUGGAGGGGUCUUCAUUUUGCAGUGAGAGCGAAUUCGACCAUUGCUCACUAACUUCAUCCGAGAGCCUUUAUGGUUCUUCCACCCUCCACCAUCACCAACUUCGUCACCACCACCACCACCAUCACCAUCACCAUCCUGGUCACCAAAGUCUAGGACAAAAUCAAGGCUACCAGCACCGUCACCUCAUUAGCACCUGCAAAGGUCGCUGCCCGGCCUCAUACACCCGCUUCACGACCAUGCUUCGCCAUGAGAGAGAACGAGCGCGACAAGAGCACCAGAGGUCGUCACAGCAGAUUCACAGUAGCCGUUCCCAAAACCAGGCCUCGCCGUCCCAACAAGCGAUGUCCAAGCUGGCCUUCUUGGUCAGCCCAGUGCCUUUCCGCAGGAAAAAGGGCUCACCACCUACCUCUAGAAGAAGCAGUGCUGGCGGAGGUCGAGGUAGCAGACCCAAGUCUAAACAGGCCAUUUAUGAAGCCCUUGAUGCAGCUUUGAGAGACAUUUAUGAGCACAUUCAAGCAGAGCGAGGCCACAGAAGCUCUAGGCCACCGGAUGAUAGCAUUUUGAGGAGAAUAUUGGCUGAGCUGCUGCCAAGCGUGCCUGAAAGAAGCUCCUCUUUGCGAGUGACAAGAGGUUGUUGGCACAGAGGUCAUUCUUCUACGUCUGUUUACCCUGAUGGAAGCCCUACCGGGUGUGCGUCGUAUAGAGGAGAGCCUUCCACACCAAGCUUCCAGUCACCACGAUUACAGUCACCAAUCAGUGCCUGUUACGGACGAUAUUUGGAGGCCUCAAACAAUAAUGACUAUGGAGAAGAGCAGGGCAAUGGAAACGGUCUCUGUUAUUCAGACCAGGAUGUGUCGAGGAGUUAUUCCACCAUAGAUGGUCGCCACACCCCGCAGAGCAGAAGACCAACUCCUGACAGAGAGGUCUCCAAAAAACAGAUGGCACAACUUACUCUGUUCUCUCUCCUUCAUCAGAAACAGCCGGCAAAAGCCAUUUAUGAUUUUAAGGCACAAACAACUAAGGAGUUGACAUUUAAGAAGGGUGAUGAAGUGAACAUCAUCAGGCAAAUAGAUAACAACUGGUAUGAAGGAGAGCACAGAGGACGGGUGGGGAUAUUCCCUGUAGCGUACGUAGAGAAGAUGUCAUCCCCAGAAAAGCAGCAGCCAAUUCGUCCUCCUCCACCAGCGCACGUCCGAGAGAUCGGAGAGGCGGUGGCCCGCUUUAACUUCAACGCUGACACUAAUGUGGAACUGUCACUGAGAAAGGGCGAGAGAGUUAUUGUAUUAAGGCAGGUGGACCAGAACUGGUACGAGGGGAAGAUCCCCAGCACAACUAAACAGGGCAUCUUUCCCGUGUCCUACGUUGACGUUGUAAAGCACUCGCCGUCUAAGAGCUCCACCCACCACAUAGAUCCACAUGGUUACCAUAGCAACAGGACCCCGAGCUCUACGCCCGUCAAGCCGUUCUAUCACCUGCCUCCAUCUUACACCCCUCGUGACCUUCCUUCCCCUCAACCUUCUCAGAGAAGACCUGACCUUCAGGCAGUCACCAGCGAGUGGCUGUCGCUCACGUUGGAUCCAUCGGCAUCCACCCCCACUCACUCCAUCACACCCCCGCCUGUGCCACCCACGCCUCCCCCUCUCCCCUCUGACCUUUCCCCGUGCCUCGCGGCUCGGGAGCCCGCUCCGUCGCCGAAAGGCUUCGCCCUUUCACGUCAGGCGUCCUCCGGAACGCCGCCUCUCACCGAGAGAGGUGUCGGUUUKCACCGCGCCCCUGCUGUUCUUCCUUUUUCCCAGCCUGCCCCACCUCCUCCUCCUCCUCUUCCACCACCCAUCUCUCRUCCGUCAUUCACCUCCUACCCUGCUUCGCUUCGGUAUAACGGUGACAGGGGGUUACAUAUCACUGAAGCAGCCCAAACUGGAUCCAUGUCUGUGCCUGAAAUGUACUCCUGCGCAGAGGCAGCACCAGUGCAGCCAUCCACACAACUUCCAGAGCUGCAAAGGCCCAAAACGCCUGAAAGCAAARGCAGCACGAUGCUUGACAUUGAGUUAUAUGUAAAAGACCCUUAUGAUGAGCUGUUGUCCGUGACUUUAGAUGGUUCCAGCAGAGCAGAUCGUGAUGAUGUUUCAAAAGCGCUUUCAGUAGAUUCCCCACCUGCCAAACUCACUGAACCUCCGAGCAGAUGGUUUCAGAGAAAAGACCAACAACCCCAUCAACCUGCAGUGAAACUCGCAGCAGUCGGCGAGCCGCCUGGGAGCGUUCGCUUAAAAGUGCAGUUUCACAAACCUCUAACCAUGACACCACAGCCUGUUCUGUGGGGAGAGCAGCCGGCGGCUCUGAACGAACAAGCUGCUCAUGCUGAGAGGCCACCGUCAGCAGAAGGAUACACGGAGUUAUUCAUUGAGGAAGAGGAUGGAGAUCUGCAGGAUGAGGAGRAUGAAGAGUUGCAGGACAAAGAGGAGGACAUUAGACUUGUAAAUGAGAGGCUCAGUCCGCAGCCCCGUCCCUCCCACUGCUCGCGACGUCUCCACUUCCUGCAGCGUCUCCCGGUGCGUCUGUCUCCUCCCCUCCCCCUCCCUCUCCUUCAGACGUUCUCUCACAGCCCUCUGCCUCGAACCCGGCUUCCGCUCUGUCUCUUCUCCCUGCAUCCCGCCCCAUCCCUGAGCCUCCGACCCUUCCUCCGGCUUCCUCUCCCCCUAAAACCGCCUCCCCUCCCCUCUCCUCUCCACGCUCUCCCACCUCCACCCCAACUGUGUCACAUCCAGGACGUAGGUCCCCUAAGGUGAAGGAUCCAGUUGUCGGCGGUAAACCUCCUCGUAGCCCCAUCUUGUCCCGGCGGUCCUAUCUGUCACCUGUUAGAGGUCGAAGGCGGUUGGUACAGGAUGCAUUACAUGGAGGAGGAGAACCGUACCAGGCCCUGUACAACUAUACGCCUCGUAACGAGGACGAGCUGGAGCUGAGGGAGGGYGACGUCGUCGAUGUGAUGGAGAAGUGUGAUGAUGGCUGGUUUGUUGGGACCUCUCGAAGGAGCAAGUUGUUCGGAACCUUCCCAGGAAACUACGUGAAGCAGCUAUAAUGAUUCCAGGCUCCGCCCCGCCGCCCCCUACGUGGCCCCGCCCUCUCUCUGCGACACGUUCACCGCCGUCAGCACAGCACCCGCAGAACGCCACCAGAGACCUGAGGCUGCAGCACACUUAGUAUCUGCAUACGUGUGUGACCUGUCCGUGUCAUGCAGGCAGAUUUCUUAGCUCUAACUCGCCAACUUUAUUGGAAGACUUCUAUGAGAUAAAACUGUUUUUCUAAUCUUGUCUUUUUACAUUUAUUUUUCUAUUAUGGAGAAUCUAAACCUUUGUGCUCCAGUCAGUGACAUUUACCCUUUGCCGAUGACAGAAGGAUGUUGAAGGACCGCAGUGAUGCUUUCUAUUUUCGCAGUUUUAAGGGCAGUAAGAUCACCAAGAWCACCKUUUUAUUUUUUGUUUUUGUUUUUACUGAAGUCGCUAAACUUCAAAACUGAUUUGACUUGCAGGUAAUUUUAUUGAGUUUGGAAAUCUCCCCCAGUGUCUUUUGGUGGGACGAGUUUAAAAGACAGUAUUGUGUCAGGAUUGUAUUUUGGGAGUUUCAACUGACCUGUUGGAUCAUGAUGGCACUUCACACAUGUAUAAUAAACAGCAUGUAUUUAUCUUGUCUGUAACUAAGGGUUUAUGUUGGUUAUUUAGGUUUGCAACAUAAAUAAACAUUUGUUUAAUUUAGCUAAUAAAUGACAAAAUUCUGCACCUCUUUGUUCGAUCAUUCACAUUAGGGCUGCACGAUCAUAGAAAAAAUAUCAUUAAACAUCGUGAUGAUAUCAGUUGCAAUUAAGCCACAUUUUUCUCUCUCUUCUCCUUUCUGUCUGUCACCACAAUCCUCACAACACUCUUAAACCACUGUCAUUAUUUAGAAACAAAAUCUCAUAAUCGACYGCGGCCAUUUUUUAUUUUGUUUUUCAUUUCACGCACUGAUGUUGCAAUAAUGAUGAGUUUUYKAUAAAUUGUGCAGCCCUAAGAUUGAUGCACUUUAACAAUAUGUUGACACAAACUCACGUAGGGUUUUAUUUUAUAUUCCACCUCAGAUUUAACACUCUGUUACUCUGACUGCGGGACUUCAGGAGACGUCGUCAAGUUUGGAAAGUGUAUGCAGCAACAAUGCUUACCUUUUAGGUGUUAUAUUUAUUAGAUGAUGAAAUGUUGAUCAAACUGUUGUAAGGUUAUGUUAGAAAUGAUGAGCACCACAUUUAUUGUAUUUUUUGUUUUGUUUUGUUUUGUUUUUUGUCUAAAUCACCAUCUUAUUUGCAUUUGAAGCUCUGUUCUUUCAGUGUAUUCGAAUCGUAGUGCGGUUUGGUUCUAAAAGAGACCGCUAACCUGCUGGCUGAUGGGGAGUUGCUGUCAGGUGUGCAAUGUGGAAYGCAUGUCAGCUACAGUGAAAGAGCAGUUUGAUGGGGAAAAAAUGCUUUUAUGUAACUGCACAUUAUGACCCUGCUGUCAGAGUAGGAAGUGCAUCAUUGUUCAUGUGUGUGUGUUCUUUUUUUUUUUUUUUCAAUUUAGCUUGCUGCUUUAAGCGAACACAACCUGCAUCUUUGUCUUGUUUUUGUUCUUUUCUCAUUUUACAAAGAAUGGACACUGACUAAACUAUUGCUAAAGCACUUUAAGUUGUAGUCUCAUUCAUCAUUCACGUCACUCCCUGUCAUUCACUUGUCACCUGCUGUCAGAACAUUCUGUGUACUUUUGUGGUGUUUUUGUAUGCCUUUUUUUGUAUAAGAGCUGUAAUAUGACCAGCAAUCACUUGUUUCAUAAAGUCAGCUUUUUUCCUCACCCACCAUCCCAUUURGUUUCUUCUCUUUCUUCACAUUUUCUUCAUCUUUGGGGCCUAAUUUAAUUUCAUUUUUUUAACAUUUUAACUGAGGGAUUUGAAGUGAAUUUACUGUAGGCUGAGUACAGUUGGAGUUUGCUGCCUUACAUCCAACUCAUUUAUUUAAUAGCCAUGUACAUGUAAACCUCUUUUGUGAUGCAAAAAAUGAUAAUUUAAGUAGUCUAGAAAACACUAUGUAGAUGUAUGAUAGCGUGUAGAGAACAUAAACUCUUCAGUGAUUUAACAUUCAGUAGGUUUUUGGGUGUGAGCAUACAAACAUAUGGACUGAAAACAUUUGACUUUCAAUAUUUUGUCACUUGUAAGAAAAAAUAUUAAAUUGUAUAUGGUAUUCAAUUUAUCUCCCAUUACUGGACCUGAAGUAUUUCUACAACACUGUAGCAUUUCUGAAUGGUUUUAUGAAGCUGUAUUGCUAAUAAAAUCCAGCUUGUAGAUGA